UGUCAAUUUUUGUUUGUCAAUUCCCCUCAGGGGUUGUAGCACAAUCGAACCUAGCAAACUGUGGCUGUAGCUAUGUUUGAUUGUACCUACAGUACGGGUUUAACGAUCCCGAGGUACCUGAGCCAUAGUAUUCCUACUGGGGAUGCCAGAAAAUUAUGAAGAUUGUUUGUGAGCAAAUAUAAAAGCAAUAUAAAGCAAGAAUUAAAUGCAGUGAUGCACGCGCACUCAGCAGACUCAGAACUGAGAAAAAUACCAAAGUUUCACCUCUAUAAUAAUACUCUGUGAUGUAUGUUUGAAUUUUUCUACGUUUUAAAUAGGUGGCACUGUUAGUUGAUCAAAAUAAGAUGGCUGGAAGUUAUUCUAGAAAGUCAUUUUUCCCUGUAAUUUAGACUUCACUACCGUUGGCGCAGACGAGGUAUCUCGUCUACUACAUUUCGCACAGUCCUUCAAGUUCGUAUUGUCUACACCGGUGAAUAUAUUCGACCAUCUUUUGCUCGGGAUCGACGCAUGCGCACGCAAUAUUUAUUAGUGGAUUGAGGGCGCGGUUGUCACCGAUCAAUCUCAGUUGCAUUUCUUGUCGAAGCGCCGGUGAUCGUCGAUCAUAACUACGCGAUCAGACACACGGGAACGGAUUUCGUCGUGGAAGGUAUAUUGAUAGUUUGAUUGGAACAAGACUGAAAUCAAAACACCGAACAGAUGACGGUCAUCACAAAGCCCAUUACCGAGAAGGCGGACAAAGUGGAACAACCUCUUUUCGUCGAAUUAAACGUACCGGACGAUACAAAAAAAGAUCCAGAAGCACAGCUUCAGAAUAAUGGUGUAGGAGGUCAUUAUUUAGUCUCCCGCCGGAACAUGCGUCGUCUUCAUGUCACAGCAACAAUUAUGCUAUUUCUCGUUGCAUUGAUGAUUCUCAUAAUCGGCAUUAUUGGUGGCCUCUACAUUUAUCGAAAAUGUGCUAGAACACAGAUGCAUAUAUUUAGAACAGGAUGGUACACCAUUCCUUAUGAAAGUUCAAACAAGGGUCUUAACACCAACAAUGGAGUUCAUCAAGCAUUAUCAGCAGAUUCUGAUUUCUUUAAAAAUCUAGAGAAAAUUGAGAAAAAUGUGGAUAGUGAACUUAGAAGAGGUUCCUUUUUCAAGGAACGUUUUGAAAUUGAUUUGGAGAAUGAAGAUUAUGAAAGAAUUGAUGUGCCCGAUUUUCGUGGUGGGCGCCAAGGCCGGUUUAUACAUGAUUUUAACAUUAACAAAACUGGCAUAAUUGAUAUUGAUGGACAGUGCUGUUUUGUUAUGCCAUUAAAUCGUCAAAGAGUUCUACCACCACGUAAUAUGUAUGAUCUUCUUAGGAAAAUGUAUAAUGGAUACUAUGAAGUGGACACAGAAAUUGUACGAGAAACAAUGAAAGUAAUUGUACCACCAAUCUCUGAUUUAUCGGUUGUUGGGACAUACAUAGCUCGUGAAUGUCAAGAUUUGCCAACGUACAUGUUGACGAAAGUCAAUUCAAAUGUUGUUAAGCGUAGCAUAUCAAGCGGAGUGUUUGGGCAGUAUGCGGGGUUAAAUAUUAUAGAAUUUGAUAUUUUGAAUUUAGAUGAUGUUAAUGCAUAUAAAAAGAGCUCAAAAAUAUGAACAGAAGGAAUUUAUAAUUAUUCUAGAAUAUUUACCACCAGUAGAUCAAUGUAUAAAAAUUAUAUCCAGCCCAGCAAACUUAGGUAAAUCCAUCGUAAAUUCCAGCAAAUUAUUAUUUCUGUCACUCUUUCUAUAAGAAUUUUUUAAUCAAUAGCUACUUAGUUUUAAAUGUACAUCACAUUCAAGACACUCUUAAGUCUUCCCAUCAUUUCCUAUUUUUGCUCUAAAUCAGUAAAACUAUCAUAAAAUUAAAAUGUAUUUGUUUAAGAUUUAGUGAGAGUUAAUUCAAUAGCAGACUGAUUAUAAAUGACUGAUGCAAUUAAGGAACUAUUGCGUUUUAACCUUAACAUUAAUUAAGUUCCAGUGAAACGCUAAUGGUGCUUGUUUAUAACGUAGAAUUGCAUAUUCUUCUCUGUUUAUUUACUUCCUAUGCUUAAAUUCUUUAAUAUGCAAAUCUAGCAAAAUAAUAGAAAUACGUGUUGACAUUGUAUACUUAAUACAUAAUUGCACGAUUGAAUGAUUAACCUGUUAGCUGGGGGAGACAAUUAAUCUUGUCAUUUGGAAAUAUUCUGAUAUCUUUUCUUCAUUUCUUUAAUUGAACAUUCCCGUAUUUGCUCAUAUGAUUAUAUUUUAAUUUACUAUAGUUUUGGAUAAGACGAGUUAACUCGUUUUUAUUGAUGUUUAACUUGAAAUACACAAAGCGUUUCUGGUCGAGAAAUGCGACCCAGUUGACAAGUUAAUAAUUGUACAAACUAGAAGUUAUAUUGUUUUAUCAAUCAUGUACUAAUUCUAUAAAUCAUGAAUCGAAAUAUUUUUACCAAAAAAAAAAAAACAUUUUUAUGAAUGUGUUUAAAAUCGAUGAUUGUUUAAUAACUAAUUCAAGUAUAUUUAUACAAUAUCUGUUUUUCCAUUAGACGAUAAUAAAUGUUGUAUAACAAUACAUGUGAUCUGUUGAAAGAAACUUAACAUUAAAAUAUGUACUGAAGAUGAUAAGAUAUGGGUAAUAAAGUUACUGUGACCAGAUCAAUAGAAUGGAGAUUGAAAUAUGAAGCACAUGAUUAAGUUGCUCUAUAUUGAAUUUCCUUUCUGUUCUAAGAUAUUCCUUUUGCAUAUUUUAAUUUUCUUGAAGUUUCGUGUAACAAACUUGUAAACUACAGAAGGAAGCCAGUAUAGUGUUACUUUAUCAAGCUUGUUUAUUUAAAGUUUAGUAUAACACAGUACAUGCAUGAUUAUUUAGUUGCCUAAUAAAACCUUCAACAAUAAUUUUUUGUUUGCGAUUAUCAGUAAAUAAUUGUUUAAGCUUUUUGUAUUUAUAACUAAACUAACUACAAGUGUGUAUAACUUGCUUUUUUAAUUUUUAAGAGUAUAGAGAAAUCCAGGGAAUCAACUUCAAUAAACUAGAACAAAGGAAGCAACUUCGAAGACAUUUGUUUUAAUGUUACAAUGUAAUUGUACAGUAUUUAAGAUUGUGAUGAUAUAAAGUGUAUAUAUAAUUCUCAUUUACAUUACCAAACAAUUUGUUUACACACAGUACCACAUCAGAAUAGAACUUUUCUAAAAAUGAAAACCUAUGGCGAUGCUAUUCAGAAAUGUCCAGUAUUAGUUAAGUUUAGUGUUUAAUAAAUAUGCAUUUUAUCCUAUAUACUAUUCUGGAUAAAAUAUAUUCUCAUAUAAAUAUUUAUUUGUCUUCUAUAGGAGAAAAUAAUAAAUGAAUUAUCAUGAUUAGUUUCCUA